AACUUGUGCUUGGUGACAGUAGUCGUGCUUUUGGUUCUUAUUUUCUUUCAAACAUCUUGUCAUUUUGGUGGAUUUUCUCGCUCACACAGACUGUUUUCUGGUCAACUGAUACGUGGGUAUGCAAAUGGAUUCAAGUGACCAGGUAAAGAAAGACAAAAUGGAUUCAAAUGAAUUGGAGUCAGAUUGGUUUGGAUACGCAUGCAAAUCAGAAGAGAUUUUAUUUUAUUACAACAUUAAGACUGGAGAACACAGAUGGGCCACAGAUUCUUCUUGCCCAGAGAACACUAUACUCGGAGUACAGACCAAUCAUAUACCUCCAGAAUCAAAGGAACUGUGCGAUGUGGCUGUGCAGACUGAAGACUACGGCUGUGUUAAUCACUGUACCUCAAUGUAUGUUGACAAUGAAAGAGAAAUGGAAAAUAGAGAAAGCAAAAGCCAUGAAAUAGAAGUAGUGAACGAUAAUGUUACGAUUGAUGUCAAUGAGCAGAACACAUUGAAUAACGCUGAUGUUUACGAUAACCUUGAUGAAGAUAGUGAAGACUUUGAGAUGGAUGAGUCAUUAAGUUCCAUAAUUACUGAGAUGAAAGGAAGGAAGGAUGUUGUACAAAAUGUACAACCUCAGCAAAGAGAAAUGGAAACUAGAGAGAGGGAAAGCCAUGAAAUAAAAGAAGAAGUAACCAAUGGUGAUGCAAGUGAUGUCAAUGAGCAGAACACAUUCAAUAACACUGAUGUUGACGAUGACCUUGGUGAAGUUAGCGAAGACUUUGAGAUGAAUGAGUCAUUAAGUACCACGAAUGGAGGGAAGGAACUUCUACCAAAUGUACAACCUCAACAUCAAAGGAAUACCAACAUAUAUAACUGUGCUUACUGCAGUAGAACAUUUAAGUGGAAGGGUCAUCUUGACUUUCAUGUGUUACGAACACAUGCCUCUAAAAAGCCAUAUAACUGUUCGUAUUGUGACAAAGCAUUUGCAAAGAAAAGUGAUCUUGCUCGUCAUCUACGAACACAUACCGGUGAAAAGCCAUAUAAAUGUUCGUAUUGUGACAAAGAUUUUACGCGGAAAAGUAAGCUUGAAAACCAUCUACGAACACAUACUGGUGAAAAGCCAUUCGAAUGUUCGUAUUGUGAUAAGGCAUUUGUAGAGAAAAGUGGUCUUGUUCGUCAUCUACGAACACAUACCGGUGAAAAGCCAUAUGAAUGUUCGUAUUGUGAUAAAGGAUUUUCAAGGAAAGAUAAACUCGGUUGUCAUCUACAAACACAUACCGGUGAAAAGUCAUAUGAAUGUUCUUAUUGUAAAAAGGCAUUUGUACAGAAACGUGGUCUUGAUUCUCAUUUACAAACACAUACCAAUGAAAAGCCAUAUGAAUGUUCGUAUUGUGAUAAAGGAUUUUCAAGGAAAGAUAAACUUGGUCGUCAUCUACGAACACAUAUCGGUCAAAAGGCAUUCGAAUGUUCGUAUUGUGAUAAGGCAUUUAUAGAGAAAGGUGUGCUUAUUCGUCAUCUACGAACACAUACCGGUGAAAAGCCAUAUGAAUGUUCGUAUUGUGACAAGGCAUUUACACAGAAAGGUACUCUCGGUCGUCAUCUACAAACACAUACCGGUGAAAAGCCAUAUGAAUGUUCGUAUUGGGACAAGGCAUUUGCAGAGAAAGGUGUGCUUAUUCGUCAUCCACGAACACAUACCUGUGAAAAGCCAUAUGAAUGUUCAUAUUGUGCCAAGACAUUUGCAAGAAAAGAUACUCUUCUUGGUCAUCUGGGAACACAUACCGGUGAAAAACCAAAUGAAUGUUCAUAUUGUGCCAAGACAUUUGCAAGAAAAGAUACUCUCGUUGGUCAUUUACGAACACAUACCAAUGAAAAGCCAGCUAAAAUGGAGUCACAUGUCCAUAUAAAGAGAGAAGAAAGGGAUUCAGAUGAAAUGGAUUUUUUGUCUUAUGACAACAUCGCCAGUUGGCAUGAAGAUCCUUCUACCUCUGAGAACACCGUACUCAGAGUACAGACCAGUGAUGUACCUCCAGAAUCAAAGGAACUGUGUAGUGUGGCUACACAGACUGAAGACUACGGCUGUGUUAAUCAUUGUACUUCAAUGUAUUUUGAAAAUAAAAGAGAUAUGGAAAAUAGAGAAAGCAAAAGCCAUGAAAUAGAAGAAGUAAGCGAUGAUGAUGCAAAUGAUGUCAAUGAGCAGAACACAUUGAAUAACACUGAUGUUGACGAUAACCUUGAUGAAGUUAGUGAAGACUUUGAGAUUAAUGAGUCAUUGAGUACCAUAAUUACUGAGAUGAAAGGAAGGAAGGAUGUUGUACAAAAUAUACAACUUCAGCAAAGAGAAAUGGAAACUAGAGAAAGUGAAAGUAUUGAAAUAAAAAAAGAAGUAGUGGAUGGUGAUACGAUCGAUGUCAAUGAGCAGAACCUAUUGAAUAACACUGAUGUUGAAAGUAACUUUGAUGAAGUUAAUGAAGAGAUGGAUGAGUCAUUAAGUUCCAUGAAAGGAAUUAGGAAGGGACUUCUACCAAAUGUACAACCUCAGCAACAAAGGAAUACCAACAUACAUAACUGUCCUUAUUGCAGUAGAACAUUUAACUGGAAAAGUUAUCUUGAUGUUCAUGUUCGAACGCAUACCGGUGAAAAGCCAUAUGAAUGUUCGUAUUGUGACAAGGCAUUUGCACGAAAAGGUACUCUCGAUCGUCAUCUACGACGAACACAUACCGUCAAAAAGCCAUAUAAAUGUGCGUAUCGUGAUAAGGCAUUUAAAGGCAAACGCAAGCUUAAACUGCAUACCCUAAGAACACAUACCAGUAAAAAAACAUAUAAAUGUUCGUAUUGUGACAAGGCAUUUGCACGGAAAGGUGGUCUUCAUUGUCAUCUACGAAAACAUACCGGUGAAAAGCCAUAUGAAUGUUCGUAUUGUAACAAGGCAUUUGCACAGAAAGGUGGUCUUGAUCGUCAUCUACGAACACAUACCUGUGAAAAGCCAUAUGAAUGUUCGUAUUGUGACAAGGCAUUUGCACAGAAAGGUGGUCUCGAUACUCAUCUACGAAAACAUACCGGAGAAAAGCCAUAUGAAUGUUCGUAUUGUGAAAAGGUAUUUACUACGAGAACGUUUUUGAAAAUCCAUAUAAGAACACAUACCGAUGAAAAGCCAUAUGAAUGUUCGUAUUGUGACAAGGCAUUUACACAGAAAGGUACUCUCGGUCGUCAUCUACGAACACAUACCGGUGAAAAGCCAUAUGAAUGUCCGCAUUGCAAAAAGGCAUUUCCACAGAAAAGCGACCUCAAGGUUCAUUUGCGAGCACAUACCGGUGAAAAGCCAUAUGAAUGUUCGUAUUGUGACAAAGCAUUUUCACAGAAAGGAGGUCUCGAUAGUCAUCUACGAACACAUACCGGUGAAAAGCCAUAUGAAUGUUCGCAUUGUGACAAAGCAUUUUCACAGAAAUCUGGUCUCGAUACUCAUCUACGAUCACAUACCGGUCRAAAGCCAUAUGAAUGUUCGUAUUGCGCAAAGGCAUUUGCACAGAAAGAAAAUCUCAAGCUUCAUUUGCGAACACAUACCUGUGAAAAGCCAUAUGAAUGUUCGUAUUGUGACAAAGUAUUUGUACUGAAAGGUGAUCUUGAUACUCAUCUACGAACACAUACCGGUGAAAAGCCAUAUGAAUGUUCGUAUUGCAAAAAGGCAUUUCCACAGAAAAGAGCCCUCAAGGUUCAUCUGCGAACACAUACCGGUAAAAAGCCAUAUGAAUGUUCGUAUUGUGGCAGGACGUUUGCACAAAAACGUACUCACGACCGUCAUUUACGAACACAUACCAAUGAAAAGCCAUAUGAAUGUUCGUAUUGUGGCAAGGUAUUUGCACGAAAAGAUACUCUCGAUAGGCAUAUACGAACACAUACCGGUGAAAAAACAUAUGGAUGUUCGUAUUGCGAAAAGGCAUUUUCGCAGAAAAAUGAUCUCGAGGUUCAUUUGCGAACACAUACCGGGAAGCCAUAUGAAUGUUCGUAUUGGGACAAAGCAUUUGUACAGAAAGGUGGUCUUGAUACUCAUCUACGAACACAUACCGGUGAAAAGCCAUUUGAAUGUUGGUAUUGUGGCAAGGUAUUUGAGAAAGAUACUCUCGCUAGACAUCUACGAACACAUACCGGUCAAAAGCCAUAUAAAUGUUCGCACUGUGAAAAGGCAUUUGAACACAAAAGUGCUCUGGUUCGUCAUCUACGAACACAUACCGGUGAAAAGCCAUAUAAAUACUCUAAUUGUGACAAGGCAUUUACAACGAAAUCUUCCCUUAAAAUGCAUCUACGUACCCAUACCCGUGACAAGAAAUAUAAAUGCUCGUAUUGUGACAAAGGAUUUACAAUCAACUGGGACUUACAUGUUCAUUUACGAACACAUGAUAAUGAUAACACGUGACAACUAUUUGGGCACGUAGUAUAGCAUGACGAACGUUAACUUUAAUAUUGUAAUAUAAUUAUGGAAAUCACUAAAGUGGUAAAACAUCUGUUCGAAUGCAUGUCUCGCGGCGGUAGAUUUGUUUGCCACGUGAUGAGAUUUUUGUGUAGCACGUGAGGAUAAAACUGUCUGGAGUAAGUGAUCGUAGCUCUUGUUACACUCGUAAAAAGAAGUACCGGUCUUGUCGAAAAUCUUCAGUUUGAACGGAUCAACUUAGUGCAUGUAGUCCAGAUAAUCGUGGCAAUAGUUCAAGUUUGCAUUAGUGAACUUAUCUUAACGUUUCUGCUUGAUCAUCCGCUUUGAAGCCCAUAAUACAAGUACCAUAAUUACUAGGAUGAAAGGAAGGAAGGAAGGAAGGAUGUUGUACAAAAUGUACAACCUCAGCAAAGAGAAAUGGAAAAUAGAGAAAGUGAAAGUAUUGAAAUAAAAGAAGAAGUAACCAAUGGUGAUGCAAGUGAUGUCAAUGAGCAGAACACAUUGAAUAACACUGAUGUUCACGAUAACCUUGAUGAAGAUAAUGAACACCUUGAGAUGGAUGAGUCAUCGAGUACCAUAAUUACUGAGGUGAAAGGAAGGAAGGAACUUCUACCAAAUGUACAACCUCAGCACAAAAGGAAUACCAACAUUCAUAACUGAGCUUAUUGCAGUAAAACAAUUAAGUGGAAA